AUGUCUUCUCCUGCUUUACCUAUUGUCUUGUCUGUGUCUCGGGUUGCAGAGAAGCAUGCUCGUGCUGCUUGUGGGACUGGUUCUUUGGACGAUGCGCUCUCUGCUGCGUUGGUCAAGACCGAACUUGAGGAUUUCUACCGCGCAAACGCAGAAUUAUCCGGACCCGUAGCGUUUUCACGCUUGCGCGCGGCAGUGAACGCCCUCUUCACCGCUCUCACUAACGCUCGGGGUGCGACUCUGUCACAGUUCCCCCUCUUGUGGGAGCUACUUGUAGUGGAGCAGGUCUUUUUCACCACCUACUCGCAUUCGCCGGACCUCCGACUCAUGCAAGACUUCCUUGACGCCAAAGGACACUCUGAGCCGUCUGUUGAAAUGGAAUCGCACGCAGACGGGUUCGGAAACUCCGGCCACGGUCCAUCGGCAGCUCUCGACUUGCAUACUCUCGGACCGCUGCAGUGGUGGCUUGCUCUAGAUAAUCCAUUGACUUGCCGUGUACUGCGCCGGCAGGACAUCUAUGACAGUGUCGCGGACACUCUAGUCGAGAGAGAAGUCCAAGCACUCUCGCCGUCGCCUGAUCCCCAGCCAGCUCCUCCUCUCCCUUCCGCCAUUCCACUCCGCGCUACCAUCGCCAGUGAAAUCAGUGUCGCCAGCGGAUCCGCGUUAUACACCGGUGAUAAUGAGCUCGGCGCGGGUUCAAUUGACGACGACCUUGUUAUUCGCCGCCCUAAAGCGCUGCCGUCGCCUUGGCUUCCUCCCGUCGGCCUCGUCGGCGAGAUUACUUGGCGCAUCGAGGAUCUGAACCAGCUUCGCCAGGAUCUUCUCAACUGGCGGCAGAAUGAACGUAUCCCGGAUGCUCUUAUCUGGGAGCACCCAGCGAUGCAUGGAUGCGCAGUGGAUGCUGCCGGGCAGGCUGUGCAGUAUUUGGUCUGUCCAAUGCGUUAA